AUGAAUAAUAAAAGUUUUAUUUCCAAUCAAACGAUUUGUCUACUCUGUGGUUUUAAACCUUUGGUAGUAAAGAAGUUUAUAAUAGAGAGACAUUUCAGAACUCGUCAUUUGCUCGAAUAUUCCAAUUAUUCAAAUACCGAAAAAUUGAACAUAAUCGAAGGAUUAAAGCUGGUUUACCAAGAAGGUGCACUACCACCUUCUAUCAAUUCUUCUUCUCAAAAAUCUGUAUUAGCUUCUUAUGCCAUUUCUUUACUUAUAGCACAGAAUGCAAAACCAUUUAGUGAAGGUGUUUUUGUGAAGAAUUGUAUUAUCGAAGCGGUAAAAGCUUUCGGUAAUUCUUUAACACUUGAGGAAGCAAUGAGCAUUCCCCUUAGUUCAAAAACGAACGAUUUCUCAUGUGUCGAAGAACUGUUAGAUUUCGUCCCUUUACAUGGCACAACAACGGGACUUGAUAUAUUUUUAGCAGUUCAAAAAUCACUUGAAAAAUUUGGUGUAGAUCUUAAUAAAUGUUCUUCGAUUACAACUGAUGGCGCAAGAAAUAUGACGGGUUUGAAGAUAGGAUUCGCAGGUCAAUUAAAGCAGCGAAACAGUAACAUUCCUGUUAUACACUGUAUAAUUCAUCAGGAAGCAUUAAGUGGCAAAGUUGUACAAUUAUCAACAACUAUGGCCACUGUGUCUAAAAUAAUAAACCUAAUUAAAGGUGGACACAAAUUCCUGACUCAUAGGAAAUUUCAAUUAUUUCUGCAGGAACAUAAUGCUGUUCACACAGAUGUUCCGCUCGAUUGCCCAGUACGUUGGCUUAGUGCUGCAAAAUGUUUGGAAACAUUUUUUGCGAUAAGAAAAGAGAUUUUACUUUUUUUACAAGAGGGAAACAACCCACAAUAUCAGGAAUACAUAUUUCAUUUGGAAGAUAUUACAUUUCUUUCCGAACUUGCCUUUAUUACAGAUAUAACUAAUCAACUUAGGCUUCUCAAUUUAAAGUUACAAAGAACAAAUCAAAGUAUUUCGCAAUUAGUUAGUCAUGUUGAUCCUUUCCGAAGAAAAUUACAGUUAUUGAAAUCUCAUUUAAAUAAUGAUGUUUUUCGUUUUUCUCCGUCAUGCGAGAUUCUUCUCAAAGAAUACGGCAAUAGCUGCAAUUUUAAGGAAUAUAUUCAUUUCGUAGAUUGUCUCAUAGAAGAAUUCGAUACACGUUUUAUUUGCUUCGAAAAACUUAGAACCGAAUUAAUUCUUUUCGAGAAUCCCCUUACAGCGCCAAUCGAAGAACAGCAUCUUGACUUGCAGGAUGAAUUAUGCGAUUUACAAUGUGACAUUUCUCUUAAAAUGGUUAAAGAAACCGGUCCUGAUUUUUAUAAAAUAUUGUCACAAACAUCAUACCCUAAGCUUCGUGAUUUUGGACUUAGAAUUUUUUCAAUGUUUGGAUCCACAUAUUUGUGUGAAACUUCAUUUUCACAAAUGAAAUUUAUAAAAAAUGAAAAACGUUCUUCAUUAAGCGAUGAUUCUUUACCGCGUCUUAUGCGGCUUGCUACGUGCAAUAUGCAAAUAGAUAUUUCUAAUGUUCCUCCUAAAAAGUCCCAAAAGCUCUUAUAA